CCGGCCCAUCCCCAGCAUCGUUUCUCAGCGGAGAAAGAGGACGAGGUGGAGAGCCCUUCUUCUAUCUCUCCGGCGGCGAAGCAAAUCAGCCAUGUGGGCCACACCACCUCAGCCGCUUCCCCUCCAACUCCAGCGACCACCAGGUCCGCCGCCUCGUCCCUUCCUCACUCGCCAUCGCAGCAGCCGCCUCAACCGCAUCGCCGCCUCACAGGACCCCCUCACCUCCCUCUCCAGCCUGCUGUGGGGUCGCGCGUUGCCCCCGGCGCAGCUUGUCCUCGCCGUUCGCCACGGCUGGACCGCCGCGUGGCAACUCCUCAUGCGGCAGCUCGCGCCCUCGGACCCCGAGACCGGCGCCUUCACCCGCACGCCGUCCCGCUUCCCCGCCGUCGCGGAGACGCCCAGCUCCCGGCUCCACCUCUACGUGGGCCUCCCCUGCCCCUGGGCCCACCGUGCCCUCGUCGUCCGCGCGCUCCUCGGCCUCGAGGCCCGCCUCCCGGUCUCCGUCGCCGUCCCCGGUGACGACGGCGCGUGGUCCUUCACGCCGGACAGCCCCGACGGGCUCUACGGGAAGCGCAAGCUCCGGGAGGUGUACGCCGUGCGGAGCGGCGGGUUCGAGGGCAGGGCGUCGGUACCGAUGCUGUGGGACGCCGAGCGCCGCGAGGUGGUGUGCAACGAGAGCAUCGAGAUCAUCAAGUUCCUCUGCGGCCUCGCGAACGCCGACGGCGGCGGCCUCGACCUCCGGCCACCGGAGCUGCGCCAGGACAUCGACCGCUGGUACGGCGUCAUCUACCCCAGCGUCAACAACGGCGUCUACAGGUGUGGAUUUGCACAGAGCCAGGCGGCGUACGACGCCGCGGCGAGCGAGCUGUUCGGCGCGCUGGACAGGCUUGAGGCCCACCUCGCCGGCUCCCGCUACCUGUGCGGGGACAGGCUCACGCUGGCCGACGUGUGCCUCUUUACGACGCUGAUCCGGUUCGACCUCGUGUACAACACGCUGUUCCGGUGCACCAGGCGGAAGCUGGCCGAGUACCCCAGCCUCCACGCCUACACGCGCGACAUCUACCAGAUGCCCAAGGUCGCCGAGACGUGCGACAUGGAGGCUAUCAUGGCAGGAUACUUCAAGACCCUCUUCCCCCUCAACCCCGGCGGGAUCCAGCCCCUCCCGCCGGCGAGCUGCGACAGCGAGUCGCUCUUGAGGCCGCACGGCAGGGAGGCCUUGUCCUCUGCUGCUGGCACGCCGCUUGAAGCAGCUGGUGUUUCCUAAUUCAGGAUAUGAACAAUGCUUCUGAAGAACAGCAGAAAAUAGUUUACACGUGCUGUACCGUUUACUGAUGCUGCACAGGGUCAAAGAAAUCAAAUAUGUUCUCAAGAUCUCAUCGUGUUUUCUAUUCAUGUUUAUGAUACAGAUCUUAUAGAUUAAGAUAGAAUCCGUUCUGCUCAGUUCCCCAACUGUGAAUUUCCAUACUACUUGCAAAUCCCUGGUGUAAAUGGCACACCUAUGUGGAGUUGUGGACAUGUAAAUUCUGUAAAGCAACUCAUGAGUUGCGUAAAAAGCGGACUUAUCAAUUAACGGCAUAUGUUCUGUGGGAUGUAACUAAUUGCUCAUUACAAGGUGAGUUGGUUGUACUA